AUGCCGAAGACAUUCGAUAUAGAUCAUGUUCUAAAGAACAUCAGCGAGCAAGACAAGAUCGCGCUUCUAUCGGGAACUGAUUUUUGGCACACACAUCCCAUCCCCGAAUUCAACGUCCCUUCGAUUCGCGCCACCGACGGCCCCAAUGGCAUACGGGGCACGAAAUUCUUCGCUGGCAUCCCGGCCGCAUGUUUGCCCUGCGGCACAGCUCUGGGCGCCACCUGGGACCGCGAUCUGAUAUACCAAGCGGGGGAGUUGUUGGGCCACGAGUGCAUUGCAAAAGGGGCGCAUUGUUGGCUGGGUCCGACCAUCAACAUGCAGCGCGCGCCCCUCGGUGGCCGCGGGUUCGAGUCGUUUGCAGAAGAUCCGCACCUCUCGGGCAUUCUGGCCAAAUCGAUUAUCCUCGGCUGUGAAAGCAAAGGGGUCAUUUCUACGGUGAAGCAUCUCGUGGGCAACGACCAGGAACAUGAACGCCGUGCGGUGGAUGUUGUUGUGACCCAAAGGGCCUUGCGCGAGAUCUACCUACGGCCGUUCCAGAUUGUGGCGAGAGAUGCGAAGCCCGGCGCGCUCAUGACCUCGUAUAAUAAGAUCAAUGGGAAACAUGUGGUGGAAGAUGCCCGGAUGCUCAAUCUGAUCCGCGAAGAGUGGAAGUGGAAUCCGCUGAUUAUGAGCGACUGGCUAGGGACCUACACAACCAUCGACUCCUUGAAUGCCGGUCUGGACCUGGAAAUGCCGGGGCCGUCGAGAUACCGGGGAAAGUACAUCGAGUCCGCCAUGCAGGCCCGACUGAUCAAGCAAUCGACUAUCGAGGCCCGGGCGCGAAAGGUGUUGGAAUUCAUCAAGCAAGCGAGUCAGGUCCAAGUGUCGGCAGUGGAGCGAGGACGUGAUCUCCCAGAGGAUAGAGCGUUAAAUCGCAAAAUCUGUGCAAACAGCAUCGUCCUCCUCAAGAACGAAGGCAUCUUGCCUCUUCCACGGCAAAUCAGAAAGAUCGCCCUGAUCGGAUCUCACAUGAAGACUCCCGCAAUAUCGGGAGGUGGCAGUGCUUCGCUGGAGCCGUAUUACUCCGUUUCGCUAUACGAUGCCUGCAGAGAAGCACUUCCUAACACGGAGGUACUCUAUCAAGCGGGGGCAUACGCCCAUAAGAUGCUCCCCGUCAUAGAUCGUCUCCUGGGCAAUGCGGCCAUCCAGUUCUAUAACGAGCCGAUGGGCAAGGACCGACAGUUGAUCAGCACUGAACCCGUGUCAACGACAGCCUUCCAGUUUAUGGACUAUUCUGCUCCCGGCCUCAACCGAGGGCUAUUUUGGGCCACACUGAUUGGCGACUUCACACCCGACGCAUCGGGGCUCUGGGACUUUGGCCUGAGUGUCUUUGGUACCGCAAAUCUCUAUAUUGACGACGAGCUGGUGAUCGAUAACACCACGAGUCAGACGCGUGGGACAACCUUCUUCGGCAAAGGCACCAUUGAGGAGCUAGGGUCGAAGGAACUAGUUGCUGGGAAUCCGUACAAGAUUCGGAUCGAGUUCGGCUCUGCCAAUACCACCACCAUGAAGACCGUGGGAGUGGUGAAUUUCGGAGGCGGCGCCGCAAAUCUGGGGGCUUGUCUACGGAUGAACCACGAGGAGAUGAUCGAAAACGCCGUUAAAGCUGCCGCAGAAGCCGACUACACUAUUCUUUGUACUGGACUCAACAAAGACUGGGAAUCUGAAGGGUUUGAUCGCACGCAUAUGGACCUGCCACAAGGUAUUGACCGGCUGAUUGCCGAGGUGUUGGAGGUCGCUGCCGACAAGACUGUCAUCGUCAAUCAGUCAGGGACACCAGUUACGAUGCCGUGGGCCGAUCAGGCCCGAUGCAUCGUCCAGGCCUGGUACGGAGGCAACGAGACGGGUCAUGGAAUUGCCGAUGUUCUGUUCGGAGACGUCAAUCCAUGCGCAAAGCUUCCUUUGUCCUGGCCGGUGGAUGUGAAACACAACCCGGCCUACUUGAACUACGCCAGUGUGGGUGGCCGAGUGCUGUAUGGCGAAGACAUUUACACGGGUUAUCGAUUCUACGAGAAGAUCGGGCGAGAAGUCCUCUUUCCAUUUGGUCACGGUCUUUCAUACACGACAUUCGAGAUCUCACCGAGCGUUACCGUCUCUCCCGAGAUCUUCAACAUGGGUUGCCCUUCGGUCGCCACCGUACAAAUUAAAAACAACGGCAAUUUGGCGGGCGCUCAGAUUCUCCAGCUGUAUAUCUCCGCUCCCGACUCCCCCACCCCGCGCCCAAGCAAGGAGUUGCACGGCUUCGAAAAAGUAUUCCUGCAACCUGGGGAGGAAAGGGCAGUUGAUAUCCACUUGGACCGGUAUGCGACCAGCUUCUGGGACGAAAUUGAAGAGAUGUGGAAGACACUACCAAGCUUGGAUCAUCACAGGCUUCUCGAACUGCGCGAGAUUUUCAUGACCAAGAUCUGGACCAAGAACCCGAUCGUUGACCGGGACCAGCUGGACUCUUGUAUCGCUCGAGUGCUGGAAAACGGCAUCGACUGGUCCGUCUCAUCGUGCUUGGUGCUACUUGUCUUUGCGCUCGCAGCCAUAUGGGGGGAUUAUCCCGAGGACGAAACCCGCAAGGUCUUGUAUAAUGAGUCGUCGUUCAAUCCACCCGUCACGUACGUGACGAUAUCGGUUCCGGAGCACCGAAUGAAGGAAUCGUUGGCCUUUCUCUCCAUGGCGCGUAAGCGCAUCUCCACGGCGUAUCUGGACGACACCUUGUCAGGAGUGCAGUGUCUCUGUUUAUUUGGAAUAUGGUAUCAAUAUAACAUCGAGCCGAUUCCGGGCUGGAAAAUGUUUAGGACAGCAUCCAUGCUGUGGCAAACGUAUCGAAUGAAGCACCGCGAGGGAAAGACGCGCAGAAGUGCGCAGGAAGAGAGUCUGGAGCAGCGACUGUACUGGACAUGUUUAAAAUCGGAAUGCGAGGUUCGAUAUGAACUGACGGAUCUGCCACCCUGUGACCUCAGCCUCUCCGACUUCCCUUAUUCUCUCCCGAGCUUCCCCAUGAGACAACCAUCCAACGACAGCCCUGCAUGGGCAUUUUCCAAUCCCUCAUCCACAGAUCUCGAAGCAGCAUCUUCAUACUACUAUCUAGCUGAGAUCUUCUUGCGCAGGCUUCUCAAUCGCGCCCGCAAUGCAGUCCGCGUCCUCUCCCCAGACAUCGACAUACCAACCAUCAAGGUUCUAGCAGAAACUCUGACUCAGCUAGAAGGGCAACUCCAGCAGUGGGUAGACUGUCUCCCACUCACACUCCGAUUCAACAUGCCUCUUGAAUCCGCCCCCAUGCUAGAAGAGGGCGAGCUGAUGAAGCUCAGCCGCGAGCGAUACGUCGAGGUGCGCGAACUGCUCUGCCGUGCGUAUUUAUACCUGUGCAUCCACGUACCGCUCGACCCCGAGAUGACUGCGCAGUACGGGGUCAAAGCCAGUGAGGCGCUACGCUUGGCAGUUUAUCGCAUCCAGAACGAGGUGCCAUUCUUCCGGCAUCCAGGGUCGUGGGGAGCGUGCCGAGUCCGGUUUAACCAUGCGGCUUGUCUGAUUGCGGGAUCCCGCGCAAAGUUGGCGCGGCACCCGUCGGCCGAAUAUGUGCGCGUUCCUCCCGACUGGGCGGAAUGUGUGCGGGUGGUGAUUGAGCGGUUGAAGAUCUGGGGCGAGGAGGGCGGUGGUAUCAAGGAGUUGAGUGUGCUGUUGGAGUGGCUGCUUCACGGGAGUGUGGAAAUGUAG